GCAAAUGGGAAAUGUUGCUCUUAGAAAAGAGUUCAUGUGAUCUAGAUGUGCAGCCUUAUCUUGACAAUCUGACAGGUGAUGUGAUUCCUCGAACAGCAUUUGGGAGUAGCUAUGAAGAAGGUAGAACUUUAUUCGAACUUCAAAAAGAACAAGCUGAGCUUACUCGCCAAAUUGUGCAAUCAGUUUACAUUCCAGGAUGGAGGUAAAUCUAAGAUAAAAAGUGACUUGUGCUUUACUAGUUUUCCAGUUUGUGUGUACAAGGUAUUAAUUUAGUUACUUGGCAUUCAAGCCAAUUCCCUUGUAAGUUGAAAGUAGGUAUGAUUUCCAUAUAUGAGAAAAAGAUACUUAUCAAUUGGAUCAAGUUGAGACAAAAUUAUGAAUUCACAAAUUGAAAUUACAGGAAUCAAAAUGACAUCACUGUCAAAAUAUAGAGGUCUAUUAGUGUAAUUUUCCAAAAUGCGAACCAUAAUGUCUUUCUUUCUGUAUUUUGGCCUUUUCUAUGAUUGUUCAUUAAGUUGCAGAUUUCUACCUAUAAAAGAUAAAUAAGAGAAUGAAAGAAAUCAACAAUGAACUAGUAGCCAUCAUGAGUGAAAUGAUCAACAAAAGAGAAAGAUCCAUGAAGUUGGGAGUAGCCGGCCAAGACGAUGACCUGUUGAGUCUGCUAUUGACAUCAAAUAUGAGAGAAAUACAAGAACAUGGAAACAACAAAGACAUGGGAAUGAGUUUUGAAGAGGUGAUUGAAGAUUGCAAGGCAUUUUAUUUUGCUGGGCAAGAGAGCACCUCCAAUUUCCUACUGUGGACUAUGGUUUUGUUGAGCAUUCACCCAGAGUGGCAAGUCCGUGCAAGAGAAGAGGUUUGGAAAGCUUUCCGAAACAACAAACCAGACUUCGAUGGGUUAAACCACCUUAAAAUUGUAACAAUGAUUAUGAACGAGGUUCUAAGGUUGUACCCUCUAGCAGCCACUGUCAUCCGAACCAUACACAAAGACACAAAACUAGGAAACAUGACUCUGCUACCGGGAAUCGAGUUACUGCUGCCAAUAAUCCUCGUUCACGGUGACCAUGAUAUUUGGGGUAAAGAUGCAACAAGGUUCAAACCUGAGAGAUUUUCACAAGGCAUAGCAAAUGGGACAAAGAAUCAACAAGUCUCAUAUUUGCCAUUUAGUUGGGGUCCCAGAAUAUGCAUUGGGAACAACUUUGCACUAAUUGAGGCUAAACUCGCUUUAGUUAUGAUUCUUCAACGCUUCUCAUUUAAGCUUUCUCCAUCUUACACGCAUGCCCCUACCUAUGCAGUGAACCUCCAACCCCAGUAUGGAGCUCACUUGACUUUGUCCAAAUUUUAAUUUGUGUCUCACUUCAUAAAUAAGUUCUGCAGUUAAUUUUUUUUUAAUAACAUAUCAAUGACCUAUGUGUCUAGAAAAAUAUUUCAAAAAAAUGUUCAUUCUGAACAUAUUUUUUUGAUUUUUUUUUCUUGUGUAUUAUGUUAUGCUACUAAUAACAUAUUGGGUGUGUUUGUGCAUGACAAUCCAAGGGUUUAUGACCUUUUGUGAUUUUGUUU